UUUAGAGAAAGAGAAGAUGGAAAAGUUCAUUGUGAGUGGUCUCAUAUGGUUUCUGGUGCUAUUCACCACAGAACUUGGAGUAGCAUCAGCUGCUUGGUUGCGAGCUCAUGCAACAUUCUAUGGUGGAAGUGAUGCCUCAGGAACAAUGGGAGGAGCAUGUGGGUAUGGAAAUCUGAACACUGAUGGUUAUGGUAUAAAAACAGCUGCAUUGAGCACUGUUUUGUUUAAUGAGGGAAAAUCAUGUGGUGGUUGUUAUACUAUAGUUUGUGACGCAAACCAAGUGCCUCAAUGGUGCCUUAGAGGCACUUCCAUCACUAUUACUGCCACCAAUUUCUGUCCCCCAAACUAUGCUCUCCCUAAUGACAAUGGUGGUUGGUGUAAUCCUCCAAGACCACACUUUGACAUGUCUCAACCUGCAUUCGAGACAAUAGCAAAGUACAAAGCUGGGAUUGUGCCAAUUUUGUACAGGAAAGUUGGGUGCAAAAGAAGUGGAGGCAUCAGAUUUAGCAUGAACGGGAGAGACUAUUUUGAAUUGGUGCUUAUAAGCAACGUAGGUGGAGGAGGAGAGAUUUCUGGAGUUUGGAUCAAAGGGUCGAAAAUGAACAAGUGGGAAAGCAUGACAAGAAAUUGGGGUGCUAACUGGCAAAGCCUGAGAUAUCUGAAUGCUCAGAGUUUGUCUUUCAAAGUUCAACUCAGCAAUGGAAAGACUCGCACCGCAAACAAUGCAGUACCCUCCAAUUGGAGAUUUGGCCAGUCUUUCAUCACCAAUGUUCAGUUCUGAAAACGGAAAAAUUAAUGCACCUAUCAAUAUUAGUGUUUGACUCUUCUUCUAUUAUUCCCUACGCCUGUAAUAAUUACUACUAUAAAUGUUCCAUUCCAUGUGGUUGUGGCUUAGCAAUUUAAGUAUUGCGAUGAAGCCUACCAACUUUGGUCUGUAUUAUUUACAUAAGCACGAAUUUAUAUUGGAAGCUUACAUUUUA